GUGUAAAACACUUACCAUGCUUACGGUUGUUCUGGAGUAAUUCACAAUUCACAAACUCAUCAAACAUUGGGGAGGCUCUUACAGACUCUCCGACAGGCCCAACAGUACCAGAAGCAAUUAUGCAGCGGAAAUGGAAAUCUGGAACUCAAAAAUUGAUUGGUUAUCAUAACAGGUUUAUCCCUGCUCUCUCUUAUCCUCUUCCCAUUCAAACUCCAAAACUCUGCAAAGCAGAAGAAAACCUCCCCCACCUUCGGCACUUAUCCAAUCACCACCUCGUCGACAGUUUGCACCAAUGGCUCUUCAAGCAACCACCACCAUUUCUCCCACAGGCUCCCUCAACAAAGAGGGAAAGUCCAUAACUUCUCUCAAGGAAACUGGAUUUUUCGGAGCCUCAAUCUCGGUUCCAUUCAGCCUGAAAGCAGAAUCAUGGGCACCCCUGAUAAGAAGCAAGGAAUUCAGGAAAAGGGAAGUGGCUUUUGGAACACUAGUAGUCCGAGCACAAACUGCUGCUACAACCCCAGCAAUGACCAAUUCCGCGCCAGAUGCGAAAAAGACCAAGAGAAAAGGCAACGUGAUAAUCACAGGAGCUUCAUCAGGGCUAGGGCUAGCCACAGCCAGGGCUCUAGGCCAAACAGGGGAAUGGCAUGUGAUCAUGGCGUGCAGAAACUUUCUCAAAGCAGAGAAGGCAGCCAAAUCAUCCGGCAUCCCGAAGGAGAACUACACAGUAAUGCACCUCGACCUUGCCUCACUCAACAGCGUCAGACAAUUUGCUGAGAAUGUUCGGCUUUCGGGGAAGCCUGUUGAUGUUGUGGUCUGCAAUGCUGCUGUCUAUUUGCCUACGGCCAAGGAACCAACUUACACAGCUGAUGGGUUUGAGCUCAGUGUUGGGACUAAUCACCUUGGCCACUUCCUUCUUGCCAGGCUGCUCCUCGAUGACCUGAAGCAAUCGGAUUACCCUUCCAAACGCCUUAUUAUUGUUGGCUCCAUAACAGGAAACACAAACACAUUGGCCGGGAACGUGCCGCCCAAGGCUAACCUGGGGGAUUUGAGAGGGCUUGCUGGUGGCUUGAAUGGGGUGAACACUUCCUCAAUGAUAGACGGGGGAGAGUUCGAUGGUGCCAAGGCAUACAAAGACAGCAAAGUCUGCAACAUGCUCACGAUGCAAGAAUUCCACAGGCGUUACCACGAGGAGGCAGGAGUUACCUUCGCUUCGCUCUACCCUGGUUGCAUUGCUGAGACGGGUUUGUUCAGGGAGCAUGUGCCUUUGUUCAGGCUUCUAUUCCCACCUUUCCAGAAGUACAUUACUAAAGGCUAUGUUUCCGAGGAAGAAGCUGGCAAGAGACUCGCACAGGUUGUUAGCGAACCGUACCUUACAAAAUCGGGUGUCUACUGGAGCUGGAACAAGAACUCGUCUUCAUUCGAGAACCAGCUCUCUGAAGAAGCUAGUGAUGCUGAAAAGGCCAAAAAGCUGUGGGAAGUAAGUGAGAAGCUUGUUGGGUUGGCUUGAAAUGAACAAACCAUGAGCAGGAUAGACUCCAAAUCCAAUCACCACAUUUUGAAGAAUAUACCAUGAGGAAACUAGACUUUGUAAUGAGAUCAUUCCAUCUCCUGUUGUUAUUGUACAAGCUAUGUCUCAAAUGAAUCAAAAUCUUUCAUGAUGCAAUUCUGAAGAGUAGCAGGUACUUUCAUUGUGUAAGCAAGCAUGGAUAUACAGUACUCUAAACGGCAAGAUGAAAGAACAAAGUAACGUCGAAGUUUAUCUUUACCUCUGCGAUUUACACCGUACUCUAAAUGGCAAGAUUACAGAGAAACAAUCCUUACCAUUUCCUCUAUAAACAUAUAACAAUGAGUACAAUCAAAUUCCCCCUUUCUCUGGACAGCAAGAUUUUACCAAUUGAAACCCAGAAGCCAAGAACAGCUUUAUCCCUCCCAACCAACCAAUGCCUGCUUCUCUCUCCUCUCCUUCUGUUUCUGCGCUGCCGAUUUCCUCACUCUUCCCUUUCGCAGCAGCCAACUCUGCUCAGAAUCGCCAUUAAUACGUCCUGCCCUUCUUCUCAUUCAUUCUGCACGAGAUGCUCUGCGUCUCCCAUCUCCACCUCGCCCUUCCCGCCCCCACGCCACCCACGCUCGCUCUCGAACAACACCUCAAUCUCCUCCAACGACUUCCCUUUCGUCUCCGGCACCAGCCAGUACACAAACGCCACCGAAACCGCCGACACCGCCGCGAACACCAGGAACGUCCCGCCGACGGUUAUAGCAUUCGACACCGACAGAAACGACAUCGCCACUACCCCACUGCAAACCCUAUUCCCCACCGCCCCCAGCGCCGCCGCCUGCGCCCUCAGCCUCAGCGGAAAUAUCUCCGACGUCACGACCCAGCAAACCGGCCCAAUCCCCACCGAGAAAAAGCCCACAUUCGCGCACACGAAGAAGAUCGCCAGCCCAAUCCCAACCGCUCCCUGGCCCAUCACCGUCAGCGUGAACCCUAGGCUGAACAAACAGACCGUCAUCCCAAUCGUGCUCACGUACAACAAUGGCUUCCUCCCGACCUUAUCGAUCAGCAGAAUCGCCACCAUGAUGAAAAGCGUCUUCGAAACCCCCACCGCCACCGUUGCCGCAAGAAGCUUCGUGUUGUCCGUGAUUCCAGCCGUUCUCAAGAUCUCAGGGCUGUAGUAGACGGUUGCAUCGAUACCUGUAAUCUGCUGGAAACACUGGAUCCCAAACCCUGUGACCAACAUUCUUCGCAAAGCAGGGGAAGGGCUUAACAUCUCUCGCCACACCGCCUUCUGCUCGUGCUUGCUAUUGUUAUUAUCAUCGCCCGUGGAUGAAGAACUUCCGGCGUUGGCGGCAACUAGGAUCUCGGCAAGCCUGUCGUCGACUUCAUUCUCGUCGUCGAUUGUCUUCACGAGCACGGAUCGAGCUUCCUCGAUUCGGUUCUGCAUCACGAGCCAUCUGGGCGAUUCGGGGAUGAUGAAGAGCGCGAAGCCGAUGAAAAUCGAUGGCAGGAUUCCAACGGCGAGCAUUACUCUCCAGCUUGUGUGGACCGAGAGGCCCGAAAACGCGUAGUUGGAGACGUAGCCGAGCAAGAUCCCCAGGUUGAUGAAGAUCUCGGGGAAAGAAGUUAGGGAUCCUCUGGCGACGGUUGGGGAGAUCUCGGCGAUGUAGACGGGAGCUAUCAUGACUCCCAGUCCGAUUCCGACCCCGGCGAGAAAUCGGCCGAUCAUUAGGAUCUGGAACGACGGAGCGAAUGUCAUCACGAUUGCUCCGGAUUGGAAGACGACGGCGGCCAGCGCCAUUGUCCAUUUCCUGCCGAUGUGGUCGGAAGUCCUUCCGCCGGCUAAGCUGCCGAAGAGGGAGACGAUGCUUAGGAUUCCGACGAGGACUUCUUGUUGUACCUCGGUUAUGUGUAGAUCUUCCUGGAUGAAUAGGAUUGCCCCGCUCAUCACUCCUACAUCUGCAGAUUUUGGAAAAAGAAGCCACGUGGAGUGCCAGAUGUGGUUUAAUUAGUAAUGAGGAUUUGGUGAGGGAUAUUUGCGCCAGACGUCUGAAACAGAGCAAUGAUGGAAUUUUUUUUUUUCUUCUGCAGAGAACAUUAAUGGCGACUGAACUAAUUUCGAUUACGGGCGGGGUUUGCAAGGAAAGGGGGAAGAAUUUGCGGGGAGGGGAUUGGUAGUACCGUAGCCGAGGAGGACGGAGUUGAGAGAAGCGAAGACGGCGCAAGCGAGAACGUACUUCCUCGUGCUGUUCUUUCUCUGUUGCUGAUGGAUGUAAUCAGAAGCGUCGUCGAAAUCGGCGUCGGCGAGCUCGGAAUCCAUCCUCCUGUACUUGUUCUUGGCUCCCAAAUCCAGACCCAUUUCUCCUUUCCCGUUUUCUGGGAUGCCCACCAACCCCAUCUCCUCCGGAGCUUCGCGAGUAAACCGAAACAAGAAGAAGGCUUUGCUGAGGAAAACAGAGCAGAGCAGAGCUACAAACUGGUGUUUGAUUCCUUCCUGCUCUUUCAGCUCUUGAUUCCUCCAACCUGGAGACUGAAUUCCAGAUCUGGAACCAAACUACAGUAGAUGGGAAAGUCACAGUUUGACCCCUAAUUGCUAAGUCAUGUAAUUGUUUGUUUUUUCUUUUGGGGAAGCAACUUGACAAUUCUUUGCGGAUUAAGAGAUGGCAACUUGACAAUUUCCACGGAGAUGCUUAAACAAUGACUUGCCAGUUGCCACUUUAAAACUAUAUCAAAUUUAAUUACGUCGAGGUAAUUCAAGAAUUCUCGUCUGUUUCUACCUUCUUUCCUUGGUUUCGCUUUAUUUCAAAUAGGCGCUUUGGAGAGUUUGGCACAGACCGCAGCCCCCAGUGUCGUGCAAAAUGUGUCGGUGUUGUCCUUGUAGUCAUCGAUUUCCUUAGGAUUGCAUAGAGGAAAAAAUCCCA